AACCAAUUAGAGAUCUCAUACCUUUUACAAUAUAAGUAUACACAUGAAAAUAAUUCGGGAUAAAAAUGAAUUUCAUAUGGUAGUUAUAGUAGUUGUUGUAUAUUUGCAUAGUUUAAUAUUGACUUGAUUAGAGAAAAAUCAAAAAAAACAAACAAACAAGAGAAACCAACCACACAUCAAAAAUAAAAAAACAGUCCAUUUUUCAGUCGGUGAAAAUUUAAAAAAAAUUCUACUCAUAAUGCAAUGGUUAACUAUGAUUUUUUAUUUAUUUUUAAUGUUCUCAAUAAACUGGUUAAUAAGUGAUACAUUGGAGUUAGAUAAUAUAAUCAAAGAUCAAUAUGAUGAUGGUUUUAAUCAUAAUGAUAAUGAAUACAUUAAAAAGCAAUAUCCAUUAACAAUGAAACGAUAUUUAACAAUAACAGCUGAAAAAUAUCUAUGGAAUAAAUUAAUCAAUGAAAUGAGAACUGGUGGUUUACAAAAAUUCAUGCAUCCAAGAGUACCUACUGCAUUAAGAUUUGGUUAAGAAGAGAUAAAAUUAAAAUGAAAUAAAGUUGACAACAUAUAAACAUUUAUUCUAAUAGUUUGUUUCUAUUGAUUUAUGAAUUAAUAAAUUUGAAAAGUGAUAUUAUUUAA